CAAAAAAUCGUUCGUAACGAUUUUAACGGAUUUAUGGUGCGGUCAAUUAUAGUGACGUAACGCUAGAAAAUCAAACCGAAGACGAAUUGUGGUGCGUGAAAACGGGAAAAGGGAGUUACGUGGGUAAAAAUUGAAUAGACGACAUUGCGCCCACAAUAGAGUGCGUAGUUUAGAUGCGGAUCGCAUUAUAGAAAUCUGUGGGCGUGAAAGAUGGGAGUACAGAAGAUGCCCAAGAUGGCAGCGAGACCAAAAACAACUCCGCAACAGCGGUGAAUAAUGACGCUCUCAGACCUUGCUGAAUUAACAUAAUACGAACGACAUAAGGAUCGCGAUAAUGACGACAGGCUAUCUGUGUGGAUUUAGACUGAAAUUACGAGAGAAACAAGAGAUGCAGACCAGAUAUAGCAGAUAGCGAACUUUUGAAUCUCCUGCGUUGCUGGAGAUUCGCUCCGAAAUUCCAGUCUUAAUCCAUACUUGUAACCAUUUAGGAUCUUCUGACGAGAGUACUCGAGAAUAAGUACGCGUUUAUCUUCCAUAGAAUAUAAAAAAUCCUUUCUCUGCAUGAUUGUAAAACCACAAACAAUCACAAUGGAGGAGUUCAAUAAAAUUUUAAUCGGCCCUGCUGAGAUCAUAAAAGAUCGACUCUAUUUCGUGACAGUGCGUUCAUCAGAAAAGGCAAAAAAUACAGCCAACACGCACUAUUUUAGUGUAGACGAUGAAUUGGUAUAUGAAAACUUUUAUGCGGACUUUGGUCCUUUAAACCUCGCUAUGGUCUAUCGAUAUUGUCAGAAAGUUAACAGGAAAUUGAAAGCAGUUUCACUGAGUAAAAAGAAAAUCGUCCAUUACACGACGAUGGAUCCUGAAAAGAGAGUGAAUGCUGCUUUCCUUGUCGGCUGUUUUGCGGUUCUUUAUUGUAAACGCACAGGUGAUGAGGCCUACGAUCUCUUGACAAGUAGUCCAGAUUCUCCGCCUUUUGAGAUGUUUCGUGACGCCUCGUUGAGCGAACCCUGCUACAGAAUAAACCUUAGAGAUUGUCUCAGUGCCGUCUACAAGUGCCAUCAACUUGGUUUCUUUAACUUUCGAGAUUUUAAUCUCAAAGAGUACGAAUACUUCGAAAGGGUGGAGAACGGAGAUUUGAAUUGGAUCCUUCCCGGGAAGUAUAUAGCUUUUUGCGGACCUCACGCCAGCUUCAAAAUAGAGAAUGGUUAUCUUCUGCACGCCCCAGAAUCGUACUUCACGUACUUCCAACGCCACAACGUAUCCACAAUCGUUAGGUUAAACAAGAAAAGGUACGACGCUGCCAGCUUCACCGACGCGGGCUUCGAGCACAAGGAACUAUUUUUUGUCGACGGAUCGCCGCCAACAAUCGCCAUUGUUCGGCAAUUUUUAAAAAUCUCCGAGAGUGCGCCUGGUGCUAUCGCCGUUCAUUGCAAGGCUGGUCUUGGCAGAACGGGAACCUUGAUAGGUUGCUAUAUUAUGAAGCAUUAUCAUUUGACCGCACACGAGACGAUCGCCUGGAUCAGAAUUUGCAGGCCCGGUUCUGUGAUCGGGCAUCAACAGCAGUGGCUUGAAGAGAAAGAGGCAUAUCUCCAUUCCCUCCGUAGGGAACCGUUGCGAGCAGAGAAUGGAAAUCCUGUCUGUGAAUACGGGAUUUACUCGAAGGUCGCUAGAGCUACGGGAGCUUCUUUGGCUGGCUUGAAGAACUCCCGAGUGGUACAAGAUAAUGUAUCUGGGAUUAUGCAUCGGGUGGAUGCCAUGAAAUUGGAGGAUCCCAUUCCUGCUACGGCCGCAAGUGCGAGUGCUAAUACUAAAUUUUCAGUUUUUAUCCCGGGCAAACAAACCCAGGGCGACAAGCUAAAUCAAAUCAAAGCCAGGAGGAGGACCGCGGUUCCUUCGAGUCCUGCGAACAUCACUAAUUCUACAAGACCUCCAAUCGUCCAUCCCUACUUAGAACCUCUACUCCACAGCAGAGGUACGAAAGAAGUCCGACGAAAUAUAACUCCACCAUCAGCAAUAGUCGACAGAAGAAAAAUUCGGAUGGCGAGCAAUAACUCCAAGCCUCUACGUCAUACGAUAACCAAACCAGCAACCCAAAUCCACGACAACAAUAACUCUGCUACCACCACCAAUCCUGUUACGAAUUCAAUAUCCAAACCUGUCACGAGAAACAGUCCGAAAAAUGAGGAGCAACCGAAGAUUUCGUCUACGAUUCAUACCUUACAAAUUAAUCUGAGCAAGAAUAAUUUGGAAGAUCGCCUCGCACGUUAUCACUCUCUUAGGCAAAAUGGUGGGCUGGUGAAUAUUAGUGAACAUCCGGCCCAACGAGUAAGACCUAAACCAGCUACUCAGAUCCAAAGUAGCAAGGUUGUGACAACCAUCCCGGUUAUCAGCUCCGUUUCUUCAACGAAGCCUGUCACGAGAAGUAGUGUGAGGACUUUGCGAGUAACGGAAACCAACGCCACAGCCUUGCCUGCAACAAUUCCGUUAAGCGAACGCAAUCUCAGAGCUGCUGAUCGCAUUACUCGCUACUAUUCCCUCAAGCAUGCGCGCACGACAAAAAGUUACAAAAAAGCAUUUAUCAGAUGACUAACCGAUAUUCUCAGUGGCGUUGGAGAGAGCACACCUGUUUCCCGGGCAUCUCGCCAGCGUCGAAGAUCUCAUCGCUUAAACCCCAUCAUUCAAUAAAGUAACACAAUCAUCUGAAUCCUCGAUAUCUCGGAGUUCACGUCUCAUCCGCCUACGCGAAGAGAGAUACUUUCCUUAUACAUAUAUUUUUUGCACUACUGACCGCAGUGAAAGAGCGAAUGCUAAGAUUUCUAGGAUUCUAGUAUUUAACGCGUAGGUUUUAGAAGUAAACAAAUUGUGUCUCUAAUUUUUAAAAAUGUAACUUAUCUAUUAAGGAAAGAUAUUAUUUUCUGGCUGC